GAUGAAGUAUUUGAUCGCACGUCGUCUAAUAAAGAAAGGGCCAUAGAGAUAGGUUGGCCAAUCUGUCAACAUGAAUCCCCAUUUUUAAUUCUUCUCUCACCUCUCUUCAAUUUUCAUCGUCACUAUUGGAAUAUAUACAAUCUAUUAGCUUAGCUAUAAUAACCCUAAUUUUGAUUUCAAUGCUGUAGCUUAGGCGCUUAGCCACAGCCACAAUAUAAUUCAGCAUCAGCAUCAGCAUCAACUACGGUUUCUUGUGGGAUCAAUAGUCAAAUCAAUGGAUAGUAAGUUGAGGAACAGGAGUAGUAGGAGUAGCAGAAAUCUGUAUAUGAAGGAACAAGAAGACAAUGAUGGUGCGGACUCCCCUCCUUCAAAUUCCACCCUCUUCAACAUUGAUGCCUUGGUUACUUCUUCUCCAUCAUCUUCAAGUAAGAGAAGGCGAGGCGUAGAAAAAAGGGUGGUGCAUAUAAGAAUAAAGGAGGGAGAAGGACCGAGGCUAAAAGGGGAAAACAACACUCCACCACCCUCAGAUUCAUGGGCAUGGAGGAAGUACGGCCAGAAACCCAUAAAAGGUUCCCCUUACCCGAGAGGAUACUACAGAUGUAGCAGCUCAAAGGGGUGUCCGGCGAGAAAGCAAGUAGAGAGAAGCCGAGUGGACCCCACCAUGCUGGUAGUUACAUAUUCAUGCGAACACAACCAUCCAUGGCCUUCUUCACGGAACCACAAUAGAUCGUCUACUAAGAAGCCCCAGCCCUCCGCCGAGGACCUACUUGUGGACCCGGUCGAACCGGAUCUUGAGGGCCACGACUCCAUCAUUCAUGACCUUGGCUGGUUCCGUGAUAUCUCGGGGGCUCCCACCACGUCUUCGCCCGCCGUACUGGACAGCCCCAUAUUCUCUGGCUACGACGAUGCGGAUGUGGCGGCCUCGGUGGUGCUGCCCAUGGGGGACGACGACGAGUCGCUCUUUGCGGACCUCGGAGAGCUGCCCGAGUGCUCCCUUGUGUUCCGGCGGGGGCUCUUGGAGACGGCGGAGCAACGGCGGCGCUGGUGUGGGACCCCAAGUUGAUUACGGAACUGGUGGUGCUACAGCUUGGAUCGGAAGAUACUCUACAUUUUCAAUUAUUUUCUUUUUCUUUAUAAUUUCGGUUUGUUGAGGAUAGGAAAAAAAAAAAAGAAAAUAGAAAAGGAGAGAAAUGGGAACAAGUGGGAAUGAAAAGGGGAAUAAAUAAGAUUAAAAAAAGAUUAAUUAGGGAGGGUAUGUGUAUGUGUAUGUGUUGUAUCUUGUAUGUCUGAACGUGGUUGUAAUUAGCAUAACUUGGCCGUCUAUCACCAGCCAUCUUCUAUUAUUUUUUGUGUGGUCCCCCAUCUUUUCUCUCAUUUUCCUUCAAUUCCCAGCACCAUAUAUAUCAUAUAGUUUUACAAUAAGUCAAUACAUAUCUUACCUUCAAAUGGUAAUCAAAUUUUUUGAA